GGUGGUCGUAACAACGGUCCAAAUAAAAAUGCCGUCGACAGCGCGCAGUCGUCGAUACCGAGCGCGGUUAAGUGCGGCCAACCGACUACCCCGGGAAUAGACUGGACGAGGCGCGACAAUGCCCCACCCUCCCGUGAUCAACGUAACUCUUCCUCCAGCGCAACGGGCCAGGGCCAACUAUCUCAGAUGUCUGCUGGUUCACAAAUUCAGAUGGCACCCCAAUCAACCGUGAACUCUGGUCAGUCGGUUCAUAGUCAAGACUCGAAUAUGAGUACUGGCUCGUCGCACAGCGACAAGGAGGUGGAUCCAAACACACCUGAAAAGGUACCACGAAGCACGGGAGAGAGGAAGAGAAAACGCAAAGUUGAUGACGGUGGUGGCGGUGGUUCUGGUGGUCCAGUUAGUUCUAAAGGUGCACGUUCUGUACCAGCAUUGGAUAAAAAAAUCAACGAGUAUUUUCCAAAACAUCAUCUAGGCAGUAGUCCAAUUAGGCAUGGAGGCGCUAAAAGUCCAUCGCCGCAAUAUCCUAUGAAGUGCUCAAGGUGGUCCAGUUUGUUUGAAAAAGAGAGGUUGAAGUAUCCACCAUCGGCUCAACCACUAGUAUCAUCCCAAUCGACAACGCCAAAUGCCUCAGGCGCUGAAUUUUCAUCCCUGAUGCAGCCACCACGACCUCAAAUACAGCCCCCACCUCCACCAUCAGCUACAACACAACCUGCAGGCUCAAUGGUUAGCAAGCAGGUUCAGGUAAGGCCCACGAACCUACCUAGGACAAGCCAGGUCAGGCAGGCGAAGACAAACACCCCAAAUACGGAACUCACUUGUCAGAGGAUACAGGAAUUUGAGUCUCAGGCAUCGUCAGAUUUAGAACUACGUAAUAAUAAAAUUGACGAAUUAAAUAGAACAACCGAAGAAUUAAGGCAUCAAAUGGCGAAUCAACAGAAAAUUCUAGAACAGCACAAAUCUCAUAUAAAUAAAUGUAUAGACGUUGUAAAGAAACUUCUUAAAGAGAAAUCAAAUAUCGAGAAGAAAGAGGCUAGGCAAAGAUGUAUGCAAAAUAGACUGAGACUUGGACAAUUUGUAACCCAACGUGUUGGUGCUACGUUUCAAGAAAAUUGGACGGAUGGUUAUGCAUUUCAAGAAUUAGCACGUAGACAGGAGGAAAUAUCGACUGAACGUGAGGAGAUUGACAGGCAAAAAAAAUUAUUAUUAAAAAAGAGGCCAUCAAAUAGUGAAACUGGUCGUAAACGUAGUCAACCACAGCCAUCACUGCAUAAUGGUACUGAAGCAACAUUUUUGAAGCCCGAUGCUGUGCCUGGUUCGUACACAUGGCAAGAAUAUUACGAGGCAGAUGAAAUACUCAAAUUACGUCAGAGUGCAUUGAAGAAGGAGGACGCUGAUUUGCAACUUGAGAUGGAAAAAUUGGAGAGAGAACGAAAUUUACACAUUAGGGAAUUAAAAAGAAUACACAAUGAGGACCAAUCACGUUUCAAUUCACAUCCAGUACUGAAUGAACGUUACCUAUUACUUAUGUUAUUAGGAAAAGGUGGUUUUAGUGAGGUACAUAAAGCAUUUGAUCUCAAGGAACAGCGCUAUGUUGCGUGUAAGGUACAUCAAUUAAAUAAAGACUGGAAAGAGGAUAAGAAAGCCAAUUAUAUUAAACAUGCAUUGAGGGAGUAUAAUAUACACAAAGCACUCGAUCAUCCGAGAGUUGUCAAGCUCUAUGAUGUUUUUGAGAUUGAUGCCAAUUCAUUUUGUACAGUUUUGGAAUACUGUGAUGGUCAUGAUCUUGACUUUUAUCUCAAACAGCAUAAAAUGAUUCCUGAGAGAGAGGCAAGAUCAAUUGUUAUGCAAGUUGUCUCAGCGUUGAAGUACCUUAACGAAAUAAAACCACCUGUCAUACAUUAUGACCUUAAACCAGGUAACAUCCUGUUGACUGAGGGGAAUGUUUGUGGGGAGAUUAAGAUAACAGAUUUUGGUUUGAGCAAAGUCAUGGACGAGGAGAACUACAAUCCUGAUCAUGGAAUGGACUUGACAUCGCAGGGAGCUGGAACGUACUGGUAUUUACCACCAGAGUGUUUUGUAGUUGGGAAAAACCCACCUAAAAUAUCGUCAAAGGUUGAUGUAUGGAGUGUAGGAGUUAUUUUCUAUCAGUGCCUCUAUGGUAAAAAGCCAUUCGGCCAUAAUCAGUCGCAAGCGACUAUAUUGGAAGAGAAUACCAUAUUGAAAGCAACUGAGGUACAGUUUGCGAAUAAACCGACAGUUAGCAACGAAGCUAAGAGUUUUAUACGAAGUUGUCUGGCAUACAGAAAAGAAGAGAGAAUCGAUGUACUGACAUUAGCAAGACAUGAAUACCUCCAGCCACCAGUGCCAAAGCACGGACGUCAAGCAAAUAGCCAACAGCAGCAACAAGCCCAGCAGCAGCAACAACAACAAAUACAGCAGCAGCAGCAACAACAGCAACAGACCUCAUUUACAACUGGAAUGUUCAGUGGCAUGAAUGCAUCGAGCAGCUCGUAGUAAAAAACAUGAAAUAAUGUACAAUUCGUUUUUGGUUUUUUCAUUUUCUAUUACAAAAAAGCCUGCAAGAAGCUGAAGACACUGGAGUAAUCGACAAGUACUGCUUGAAAAACAUUUGGAGAUGCCCAAAUGAAUUGGGACAUGUUUUUUUUGUUCAGUAGGUUAAAAAUAAAUGGGACAGAGUGAAAAAUAAAGUGAGGGACUUUUCAUCGAUAAUUAAAUUAAAUUUUAAAGAAACGAGAAGAAGAUUUAAAAAAAUAAAAAUGCCAAAUCUGUAUGAGAGGACACUCAAACUGCACACCAUUUAUGCAUCAAUUAAAAGAGGAGAAAAAAACAAAACUAAGUAAUUAAACAAAAUAAAAACAGUGAAAUAAUGAAAAAAUAAAAUAAAUAAAAAUUAAAAAUACAGUGAAUGUAAGAAAUUAAUAAUUAAUCCAAGUGUAAAUACAAGUAAAAUGAUGGAUAAAGGAAAAAAAUUAUUCAGACAUCACUGUUACAAACACAGACAUUCACCCUGCCACAAUAAUCACCGGUAAAAGAAAAUUCAUGAAUUAAACAAUUUAAUUUCAUCCCUCUCGAUGAAGGAGGAAUUACUAACAAAAUUACUAUCAAUGACGACAUAGAAUUUCAUUGAUUAAAAUAAUCAGUGCAUUUUUGUGGAAUCAAAAAUAAGAGCAUAAUAGUAGGAAUGAUAAAAUAACUGAUUCUUUUUAUUUCAGUUAUGAGAGAGAGGAAAUUAUACACGCAAAAUAUCACGAACGAAAAAUCAUUAAUACAGUUAUUCUGGAGUGAAGCGGUAAAACGUAGUUUAGUCAAAUUUGGUAUCUUUGUUCCUUCAAGGAAUGAGGGAUUUUAGGGGAAAGUAUCAAGAAAUUUUUUUGUGGACGAAGAAAUUCCUUACAAAACAUUCCUUACAUUUUUUCCUGAAAUACCUCAUUAUCAGAUUAAUCUGACAUUAACCGAAGUGGGAGAAAUUGAUAUUUAACGUUUUAUCGUUUUACUGUUGAAUUCAAACAACACAACAAUAAGAAAUGUUGUGUCCGUAAAAAUGACAAGAAUAUUAAAUUGUGUUAUUGUUCCUUGUAUCGAACAGUGAGCUGAUUCGAAAGAAAAAACAAAACUAGUGCUUGAAUGAGAAUUAAAAAAUGUAAAUGAAGUGAGAAAUGAGGAAAAAUUGAAUAAUGUAAGGAUUUGAGAAAUGAUGAAAAAAUUGAGAUAAACAUGUGAUAAGUUUUUGUGAAUUAAACAAAGCAAGAAAAAAAAUAUUAAAAAACGUUUCAUGCAAGUGAAAAAUAUAUUUUUUUUUCAUUUUAUCAUUUUGAGUCGGUUUUUCUACACUUCUUUUCGUGGAAAAAAUUGGAAUGAUUGGGAUGGUGUGAGUGAAAACAACAAAUAAAUAUUCAAAAUUUCAAAAGUAAAUGUCCUUUUUACGCAAUUUUCGGUUCAUAUUUUUGGUGGAUUAAGAAUUACAAAACAUAGUGAAAAAGAAAAUUAAUGAAGCAUUAACAAGUAAUUAGACAUUUUUCUUUUGUCAUUUCAGUUAUUUCCUAUGUGAUGAUUCAUGUGUUGUCUAGUGUGUGGUAUGAGAAUAAUGGCAUAUUUGCAAUGAAGAAAACAAAUCGAACAAUUGUUACAAUCUAGCAUGCGUGUAUAUAUCAUACGAAAAAACUAAAAACCGAAGGAAAUCAAAAAAAUCGUUUUGAAUUGAUUUCUCACAUAUUGCAUAUCAUUGUUCUCCCUUUUAUUUUUAAUUCCACAAUUUUGAUUGAUUCCAUAUAACGAAAAAGAACUCCCUAAUUAAUUCGAUUCGACAGUAAAUUGGCAACAGUUAUAUCAAAUUUUUAACUCUCAAUUCUUGUAAAUUGACACUCGUUUCGAAUGUCAAAUUGGAUCUGUAUAAAAUUGUUUGACAAUGGAAGAAUUUUCAAAAAGUUAAAUAUUUCACUGCUGAAUCGAUUAAUUACUCAAGUAAUGAAUUAAUAACUAAUUCAUUUUUUUUCCUUCUUCUUCGGGACUUUGACAUUUUUAUUUGUAUCGUCCAGGGAUGAAAAAUUGGAAAAAUAUGUCAAUCUAAAAAGAAUUUUUUUUUUUUAAUAAUCAUUAUAAUUUUACAAACCUGAAUCGAUUAGUCGCUUUACUCAAUUUGUUUUAUAUAUGUAUGUUAUAUAGAUAUUAAUAAUUAUGAAAAUAGAAGACUAAGUUAUUUUAUCAA